AUGAUUUCCACGUUUUACUUGUCGCUUGCUCUCGCAGCUGGUGCCCUCGCCCAGUCUUCUGUCUCUCCCAUCGCGCAGAAGAUCACUGCUCUCCGUGAUGCACCCACCCAAGUUGACCGGAUAAAGCUCCUUGACAAGGAUUCGGAUUUCACCUUCAACUUCCUGAAUGCUACCGCUACGAAGGGUGCUGGUGGUGCCGCCGUCGGUGCCACCGUCGCCAACUUCCCUGCGCUGGUCAACAAUGCUAUGGCCAUGACGAUCGGGUUCUUGGGCCCCUGCGGCAUGAACACGCCUCACACCCACCCCCGCGCCACCGAGAUGCUCUACGUUGUGAACGGCACUCUUUCGAGCGGCAUGAUCGCAGAGAACGGCGCGCGCUUCGUGUUCAACACUCUCGAAGCCGGAAGCGCGAUGCUCUUCCCCAAGGGCUCCAUCCACUUCCAGCAGAACGAGGGGUGCGAGCCGAUGAUGUUUGUCGCUGCGCUCAACCACGAGGACCCUGGCGUCGAGUCGAUCGCGCAGCGCUACUUCGGCCUGCCCCCUGACGUGGUUGCGGCUUCUCUCGGGGACAUCGGUGUGCAGGAAGUUGCCGGCAUCGAGGACAUGAUCCCCGACAACAUCGCGCUCGGCACCCAAGAGUGCCUCGACCGCUGCGGGAUCAAGCGCGACGGCCAGCCUACCACCCAGCGCCAGCCGCGCAACGCCAACAACGCGCUCCCCGGCCAGUCCAGCGGCGACUGGGCGGCGACCUCCACCACCGCCGCCUCCUGGCAGACGACCGGCUCCGCCUACGCCACGUCCACCUCGACGCACUACUCGCGCGACACGCAGCAAACCGGCGCGCUCUUCGGUGCGGUCGCGGAGGACGCCCAGACGGUCGUGAGCAAGGGCGUGUCGAACGGGGUGCUCAUCGCGCUCAUUGCGGUCGUCGGCGUCAUGGGCCUCGGCUACUGCGCGAUCGCGGUCGUGUACUUCGUGAGCCGCCGGCGCGCGGCGAAGGAGAAGGCGGCGAACCGCUGGUACGUGCGCCCCGAGAUGGCGGGCCGCACGCUGGUGCCGACCACUGAGGAGCGGGGCGAGGAGAAGUACGACGUGCCGGCUUAAGGGUCGGGGUUCAUGGGCUUGGUGGCGGCUACUAUCCUAGAGCGUUCUCUCUUUAGUUUAUGCAUGGACUUCACGGACUGACCUUCUCAGCUGUAGCUUAUACUCCUUAACUGUGUUUUAUGUAGCGG